AUGAAACGAAAAGCUAAUUAAAAAUACAAAGAUUUACAUUAAUAAAAAAAAUUUAUCUAAAAGCGAUUUAAUUAAUUUAGAAAUAUUGCUUUAGGAACAUCAUAAAUAAAUACAAAAGAAGAUAUUUUUUGUAUUGAAGAAAAAAAAAAUAAACAUUAAAAAAAUAAGAAUUUGAUUCACUAAAAUAGAAUUUUAAUCAGAUUUAAUUAUUAGCAGAACAUUUCCCUAAAAUUAGAAAUUAACAAAUUAUUUAUAUUUUUUUUGGGGGAAUCAAAAAUCAAAUUAGAUGAGUGCUAAAAGAAGAUACCCAAUUUAGAAUGUUAUAAAAACAAACUUAAUAUUUUGUGUAAGGGUGGGUGUUCAUAUCUAAUAUAUUUAACUAUCUUACUAUAUCUUAGACUCUUUUUAUAAAUCUUUUUUAAAACUAAAUUUUAUUGA